AAAACCUUUCCUUUUCAUUUUAAUUUCUUUUUUUUUUCAUAUCUUUUCUAUGCAUUUGAAACGAGAUUAACAUCAUCCAUGGCACAUUUCAUUACCACCCAAAAACCCAUAAAAUUCCUUCAUGUUUUCCUCACCUUCGUUUCUUUGAUUUCACGCUCACUUUCAUCUUCACCACCACCGCCUUCAAUCCAUGAUCUCCUCCUUUCUAGAGGCUUGCCCAAAGGGUUACUCCCAAAGGAAGUGAAAUCGUACACACUUUCCGACAAUGGAACACUCGAGGUGUUCCUCGACGAGCCUUGCUUGACCAAGUAUGAGAAUAGGGUUUUUUUCGACAGUGUUGUGAGGGCUAACCUUAGCUAUGGUAGUCUCAUUGGUGUGGUUGGUUUAAGCCAAGAAGAGUUGUUCCUUUGGUUGCCUGUUAAAGACAUCAUCGUUGAUGACCCUAAAUCUGGUCUCAUUUUGUUUGACAUUGGUCUUGCUUAUAAACAGCUUUCUUUGUCUCUCUUUGAAGAACCUCCUAACUGUAAACCUCAAGGAAUAUUGAAGAAUGAAGUGAGGAAGCAGAAAGGGUUUGAGGCUUUGAGAUAAAGACACCAAGCUGUCUCAACUAUGUUUUUUUUUAAAUGUAAUAAUUAAGUAGGUUAUAUAUAUAAAUAUAUAUAUAAUUAAAUAUAAGUAAUGUUUAGGAGAUGUAAAGAAGUGUGAUUUGUUGAAAUCUAAUGUCCUAAUCACAUUAAAAGAUCUAAUUUUUU